UACUGUUAUCACAAAUAUGUACACGUAAUUUCAAAAUUUUUUUAAUAAAAAAAAUGUAAAUUGAAAACAAAUUUUUUCUUUUUACAAAAAAAAAAAACUUCCUUGAAUAGAUCGAAUGAAAAAAAUGCGAAAAGGAGGCUGGUAAAUCAAUGCCAAGGAUCAUUAAGUAGGUGAAGGUGAACAAGAUCCAACAAUUUACUUUUAAAACCUCCAUAUAUAUAUUUAUAUAUAUUUUUCAUUAUUUCUACAAAGAACUUAAAUACAACUCAUUUGUAAUUCUCGUUGGCUUGUGUCUAGUUAAAUAUUUAUUAAUAAAGUUUAAUUGUUUUUUAUUUAAGUUAUUAAUUAAUUAAUUAAUUAUUAAAGGUUUAGUAUGUAAAAAAAAAAAAAUUUUGUGGGAUGAUAUCACAAAUUAAUAUCAUUGCAUAUUGAGGAUGAGUCAGAAAAUAAAAAUAAUAAGAUUUGUGGUUUUCAUUUGACACGCUCCCCAUGGGAUCCUUAUCCAUGGAUCAGUUACGUUGAACCUGGAAGUAUUGCUGAUAAAUCUGGCCUUAAGUUAUUAAUUUUAUUUUUUUUUGAUUUCUUGAACUGGCUUAGUGAAAUUUAAAAUUUAUGUUACACAUGUGUUCGUGAUGUGAUUUCAUGAAGUUUGAGUACCCACAUCGAUAUAUUUUAAAAAUCAAAAAAAAAAUUUUGAAAAAUUUUUUUUUUGGAAAAUAAAGUCGAAUUCAGUGAAUUUGACGUCAUUCUGAGUAAAAUGAGUACCCACAAGCGUACAUUUAAAAAUACUUGAUAUUAAAAUCAAAAUGGCCGCCAUGUUAAUGAUUAAUUAACUCAUUAAAUUAAUGUACGACCAUAUUAUCGUAAUGUAGCUUUGUGGGUAUUCAUUUUACUCGUAAUUACAUCAGCUAAUGAUAUAUUCUGUGAAUUUUAUAAUUAAAGCCGGUGAUUGUCUUUUGGACAUAAAUUCAACUGAUAUAGUUGGAUUAAGGGUCAAAGAAAUAGCUUCGUUAAUAAAACGUGACCCUGGGGUCACAAUAAAUUUACAAGUAUGGCGUCAUGAUGAUGAAAAUCAGGAUACAUCUGAAUUUGGCGUCGCAGUAUCAGGACCACUUCCUUCUUUGGCACGUAAAUUAGCUAAAGCCGUUUCGGGUACAAUUUGUGCACUAGAGUGUCCAAUUUGUCUAGAAACUGCCUCAUCACCAGUAUCUCAGUGUGUCCAUGGUCAUAUUUUGUGUUCAAACUGUCGUAAAAAAACCCCGAGAUGCCCAAUAUGUAGAAUUAGGUUAGGUCAGGGCAGGUGUCUACUCGCUGAUCAAAUUCAAAUAAAUAUUCGUGAUGCUUAUCAAGAAGAUUUCUCACGUCUACUAUCUCAAGCUUCAGCAAAUGGUCAAAUUUUAAGCUCAGCUUUGAGAGAAAAAUUAUUUGGUAAAUCUGUCGGUAAAAAUACUGCCGAUAAAAAAGAAAAUGCGAUUUUACCAGCUGUACAGAUUAAGCGACGGCUGGGACGAUUUCUUCUAGGAGGUUUUGAUAAAGCAGCAUCUGUUGAUAAUUUAACAAAUGAACCGUCAUCAUCAUCAUCAGCAUCACCAUUACCAUGUUAUCGGCGAUUAGGGGAAUUAUUUACCGGCGAUCGGGCGAAAUCUGCAAGUACUGGAGAAUUACGUGAAGAUAGAGAUCAUUCAUCUGGAAAUAAGAUCCAAUUAAAUGGCUCCCAAUUGGAGGGAAAUAGAAAUUUUUAUAAAAAUUCAAGUGGAUAUUUAAGUGUUCCCGCGCCAUCGACGCCUUGUUGGGGUGGUUCUAUGGAAUCCGUUGUCAACUCAUUUCCUUGUCCGCUGAGUUAUAAAACUUCUUGCUAUGAGCCCGUUCAUAACGAAAAUUUAAUUGAGCAUUUUGGUAAAAAUCAUCAGAUCGUACAAAUUCACUUCUAUGGAUCUAAAAUAACUAUCCCGAUAAAAAUAGAUUUUAAUUGUGAUACUAUUCAUGUUAUUCAUUAUGCCAAUGAUUUAUUUUUCUUUCAUUUGGAGCAAGAGACAGCAUGGAUGACAAGCCCCUCAACUAAAGGCGAGUGGAUUCUACACGGCAGAAGUUCUGAAAACACGGAAAUAAAAUUAAAACGUCAGAUCACUAAAAUCGAUACCGUAAAACCAGUUGCCGAUCUCGCGCCAAUUCCCAAGGCAUUUAAUAUCAUAGUUCUGGAUAUUGAGUUACUGGUAUCACAGUCCGAGGGUCUAGAUAUUUAAUACUAUAAAUAAUAAAAUUUAAAUUGUCAAUGAUUAACAAUUUUUUUUAUUUCGUAUACAAAAAGGUACAAAAGAUAUAAUUAUUAUAGUUACAAUUACAAUAACACAUACUGUGUUCAAUCACUUAUUACAAGUAAAUUUAUCUUGUAUAAUAAUAAUAAUCACUUAUACUAUAAAUAAUUGAGCAUAAAUAUUGAUAAUUAAUAAGUUCAUUAAAAAUUAUGAAAGCUCGUGGAUAAAAUUUUGUCAAUUUUUGAU